AUGCUGCGUUGGGCGUGUUUGACUGCCAGACGCUACUCGCAAAAGUCUGGGUAUUUCCAACCCAACAGCAUAAAUAAAGAGCUUAUCCUGUCGGUCCUGAACUCUACAGCCACGAAGCGGGAAGCACAGACUUACCUGAAAAAAUAUGGAGAGAGCUCGAUACGCAACCAUUGCUUACUGAUGGUGCGCGAAUUGGUCACCCAGACGCCUGAAAAAUUGGAUCGCUUCGCCAUCACAGUCAAAAGAAUGCAGAUGCUGGGCGUGAAGCCCAUUUUCAUGCUGUACCCUUACCAAGAUGUGGAGAGGCAGGCCGAGAUGCUCGAAAGCUGCCUGAACAACAACGGCGUAAGAUCAAUUAUACUGCCAGAUGCUCUCACGCGGCUUGUGGACGGCAAUUACCGCUCUCUAGUGGAGUACGGUGCCUUUUGUGGUCUGGUUCCGAUCAUCAGACCCCGGAUUUUCGACCAGAAAACUUGCAUUUCCUCCACUGCCACCGACAUCCCAGAGCUAAUGGGUAACUUCACCGCCCAAACUGACUGCAGAAUCGAUAAAGUGGUCUUGUUGAGCCCUUCCGGCGGGAUCUCCUCAGGAGAAAGACACGACAACGCGCACGUAUUUAUAAAUUUAUCACAAGAGUUUGACAGGUUAACCCGGUCCCUGACAGAAGAUGUCGAAUCUACAAGAUUGCGUCUUGUUCAGGGAAUUGAAUCGCCUGCUGAUACUCUCGCACCCGUGUCAAGUUUAGAUAAAUUGCAAAAAACCAUGAAGCGUUACCAAGAACACUUGGAGGACUUACAAAUUGUAAAUCGCGUGCUUACAAGACUUCCGUCCACAUCUACAGGUCUUAUCACCGAUCUAAGUGCUGCUUCAAAUCUCACGAGAAAUAAUCCGCUACUGUACAAUGUUCUCACAGACCGUUCACUGAUUUCCUCCUCUCUCCCUCGAUUCAAGAAAAGUCCAACGACAAAUUUAUCCUGGUAUGAGACGGUUGAUGGCACCAACUGCGAUGGCGAAUCGAAGGAUGCGGCCCUGUCCACUACGGUGGUUAAAAAAGGGGUGAAUAUCAAGAUUUAUGAUUACCAAACGCUUACGGAGCAUAAUUCUAUUGGGUUUCCCGGCGCAAAACCACAAGAUGAAAAUAGCGAUGCAAUUGCCAAAGUCGAUCUCACUAAGCUCAAACUUAUCAUAGAAAAGAGUUUUGGCCGUGAGCUUGAUCUGGAACAUUAUCUGGAUCGCAUCAAUGGCAGAAUUGCCUCCAUCAUUGUCAUCGGUGACUACGGAGGAAUCGCCAUUUUAACCUACGAGGGCCCCGAAGAAGAGACAUUUCCGUACCUUGACAAAUUCGCCGUCUUGCCCCAUUUGAAAGGGUCUCUUGGGAUAUCAGAUGUUAUCUUUAAUUUAAUGUUCCAGAAAUACCCGCAUGAGCUUGUUUGGAGGAGUCGAAAGGACAACUUGGUGAACAAAUGGUACUUCCAACGCAGCGUAGGUGUAUUAGACCUUGCAAUAGACUUGGGGAACGGCGACCUGCAACCUAGCAUGUUCAAGUUGUUUUUUCAUGGGGAUGAUGACCACCAAAGAUUUUUCAGUAACAAAGAUCGCUUGAAAACUUACGCAAAGUAUGUGAGAGAUAUAAGGCCCAGCUGGAAAGGCUAA